CAACAUCUUGUGACACCAAAAUUGAUCAAACUUUUAUACGACUUUAAAGUUUCUUCUGUAAAUCUACAAGGAUGUUACAUUCCUUAUCAUGAAUCUCAAGAUUUUAAAGAUAUUUCUAAAAUUGAUUCUGGAGGUUAUGCUGCGGUUUAUAGGAAUUUGCCACAUUCCAAUAAUAUCUUGAUCCAUAAAGGUGUAAUAAAUAUAGCAUGUCUACAAGGAUCAGAUACCAAGGCACCAUGUGGUGUGAUACCUUACAUGGAGCCCAAAACUUUUAAAUUAUCCAAAAAAUCUGAUAUUUAUAGCUUAGGAGUAUUGUUCUGA